AUGGGGGCCACCAGCCACGUGCUGUGCAAGUAUUACCUGCAUGGCGCCUGCAAGUUUGGGGCCGCCUGCGCCUUCUCGCACAGCAUGGCGGACGGCGAGUCGCAGGUCUGCAAGUUCUACCUGCGAGGCGAGUGCUCCUACGGCGACCGCUGCCGCUACAUGCACACCAAGCCGGACCGCGCCCAGCCGCCGACGACCUGGCAGAGCAGCUGCCUAUCUCGCGGCUGCGCCUGGGCGGCCAGGCUCUCGACGCCGACGCGGCGGCUGCUUGGCGGCGGCGCGCAGCAGCCGGGCGUGUGGUCGCUGCCAGAGGGCGGCGGCGGGCAGCCGGGGUGGGCAGCGGGCGGCAGCCACCCCUCGCUGCGCUCGCUGUGCAUGCAGUGGUUCAGCAGCGGGGCGUGCGGCAGGGGGGACAGGUGCCAGCUGGUGCACGGCGAGCUGUGCCAGCACUGCCACAAGCACGCGCUGCACCCGACCGACGCCCCCGCCCGCCAGCAGCACCUGGCAGAGUGCCGGCUGCGCCACGAGCGGCUGGCGGCGCGCGCGGCCAGCUCCGCCGUCGAGUGUUCAAUCUGCCUGGAGGCGGUGCUGAGCAAGGCGGCCCCCGGGGAGCGCAAGUUUGGGCUGCUGACGGGGUGCGACCACCCGUUCUGCCUGCGGUGCAUCCGCAGCUGGCGGCAGAACACCGACGGCAGCGUGGACAUCGACACGGCCCUGCGCACCUGCCCCGUCUGCCGCACCACCAGCUACUACAUCGUUCCCAGCCUGGUGUGGCCCACCAGCGGGGAGGAGAAGGAGCGCAUCCUGGCAGGCUACAAGGCCAAGCUGUCGCUCAUCGACUGCCGCUACUUCAACUUUGGGGACGGCACCUGCCCCUUUGGCACCUCUUGCUUCUAUCGGCACGCCUACCACGACGGGCGGCUGGAGGACAAGGGCCUGCGCAAGGCGGCAGACGAGGAGGGGCACAUCCGGGUCAUGCAGCCGGUGCGCCUGUCGGACUUCAUCGCCGCCAGCACCGCAGGCCAGCGGCUGGGCAGGCGCAGGUAG